AUGAGAGUUGUUAUUGAAAUGUACGAUACUAGAGUGUGCAAAUCACCAAACUCCACAAACAAGGGUAUAAUGUCACGUAAUAAGGAGAAAGCACAAUCUUUACUUCAUCAGCUAGAGGAUAAGAGGGCGCUUGACCUAGGAUAUAUCAAUAUAAAUAAGCUUAGGCGCCCCAGGAAUGUGGCUACAGUGAAGGAUGUUAAAAUGGCUGAAAAAUGGAGAGGCCAGGUGAACCAGGAGAUUAAUUCCAAGAUAUUGAAAUUGUAUGAUGACAUGAUUAAUGACUAUCAGAUACGAGAUUUGAAUGACCAGGUAAAUAAGUUAUUCCGUGAGAAAUCGGCGUGGGAGUAUCGAAUCAAAGAAUUGGGCGGUCCAAACUAUAUGAAGUUUUCUUCACACACUAAUAAGGAUGAGUUUGUGGUAAGAAAUUAUCGAUAUUUUGGCAGAGCGAAAGAGUUAAAAGAGGUGAAACAGUUGAUACAGCUUCGGAAUAAGGAGAUGGGUGAAAUGCAUAAAAAAAGCAAGAACUCUGAACUUGAAUAUUUCAAUAAAAAAUUAGUGUAUGAUAAACAAAAUAAAAUCAGCUUUGAAUAUUAUGGCUACGACAUGUUAGCUGAUCUGGAAAUGUCAAUAUCAGUUGAUGAUGAUAUAAGGGCAGAAAUUCUGGACGUUUUAGGGGAGGAAUUUAUUCCAAAUGAUACAAAAUCCUCAAUAUUAUAUUCACACUCAACGAAUGGAUCAAAAGCUUCCACAACCACCGAACUGACCGAUGGCUUGAAUGAUCCCGAAAAUAAUCUCUCGAAAAGCUUAAUGAAAAAAUUGAUGCAAGAAUAUUCAAAGUCUGAUACUUUGAAGAAAUACCAGGGCGAUAAUCAUGUUGACAAGAUUAACGAAAAUUUUAUGAAGGUAUUAUUAAAUGAUAACUGUUAUGAGAUUCCUUCAAUUAAGGAUACUGAAGUUUUUUUAGUGGAAAGGAAAAAAAUGCUCAUGUUGAAGUCAUUAGGCUUAUGA